AUGGAUCCCGUCACCGUCAUAUCUGGUGUCGUUGAGCUUUUCGGCAUUGCCCGCCAGAUUCAAACUCUUGUGGAAAAGUACAAGAAUGCACCCAAGGCUGUACACGAGAUCAUUGCCGAGUGCAACUGGACGAAGACUUUGUGUCUCACUUUGCAAAACCAAGUCUCACAGACUGACGCUCUCGACAAGCCGGCCAAGAAUAGUAUUGAGCAUGUUAUGCGAAAGUUGUUUGAUACGUGCAUGGACAACAUAAAGAAGACACUCAGGUACUUGGACGAAGAAGUCAGCAAGGUGCAGAGCAAAAGCACCUCGCGCAUGGGAAAGUGGGAUAAGACCAAGUUCAUAUGGAAGGAGGAGAUCUUUACAGAAGCUGCGCAAAGUGUCCAAGCCCAGAAAGCCAACCUUGGCAUCAUUAUGCAGGCACUGAACGGGCGUACUGGUAAUCAAGUUGAAAAGGGCGUCAACAAUGUACAAAAGGGAAUCGACAAUCUCGAGGGGAUACUUAGAGAGAUAUUGCCCGAGAUUCUGAAAAUGCAAAACCCACCUCAAUUGGGUCUACAGCCACCAUUGGAGCUGAAGAGGAGUAGAUCAGAUACUCAGAUCAGCACAACAGGCAAGCGAUUUGCUGACGACCUCUUUGCCGCCGUCCGAGGAGGGCGGCUUGAGGACCUUGAGCCCAUUUUGGCCCAAGGCGCCUCUGUCAACAUAGCCCUAGGAGACCGCGGUGACCGAGCCGUACAUCUUGCUGCUCGCGAGGGAUUUCUGCUCGUCCUGGACCGGCUUAUUGCUUCCGGAGCAGACGUCAAUGUCCAGAAUGCGUUUCAGGAUACAGCCUUGCACCAAGCGCUCAAUCGAGGACAGAUUCCCACUUCAUUGGCGCUGUUGUCGAGCGGGGCGAGUUGGAAGAUCAAGAAUGCCAACGGAACUACGCCGCUUCACACAGCCGUGAGGAGUUCUGCAUAUCUUGUUGUGCAGUAUUUGCUCGAUAAGGGGGCAGACGCAAACGCUCGAGACAAAUGGGGUCAGACUCCCCUUUAUAAGGCAUGCUAUCCCCCAGAGAAGGAUAAGCAAAAGGUCCAUGCCGUCGAUCUGAAAAUUAUCCGUUUACUCGUCGAGCGAGGAGCAGAUCCAACACUUGGGGCUUGGAAAACCGGCAGAACUCCGAUUCACGGGCUUGCGUCGAGUGGGCACGCAAAGGAGCUCGAGAUCUUGGCCAAGACAGCCAAGACUCUCGAACUACCGCUGACAGGAGACUCUCAGGGUGAAACGCCGCUCCUCAUUGCGGUCAAGAACAAACACUCAGACGCCGUAGACGUCCUGAUUAGAUAUGGAGCCAACGUGAACGCGAGAGAGACUUCGAAAGACGGUGCGGCGCCGACUGCCCUAUGGCACGCCGCAUGCAAUCCGGAUCUAAGUACCGCGAACAAGCUUCUCGAAGCUGGCGCAGAUCCUAAUGCAAAGAGCAAUGGCAUAACUCUUCUUCAUCUUGCGGCGACGAAGCAUUGGCUUGAGCUGGUCAAGCUGCUGAUCAAACGUAAGGCCGAUCUGGAUGCCAAGUCAUCUAGCAACGAUACACCUCUCCAUGCGGCAGUCUGGGCCAAGGACUUUCCGAUAGUCCGUCUUAUGCUAGAUAAUAGGGCUAAAGUAGAGGCAAAGGGCAGCAGCAAAGCGACUCCGAUCAUGGCAGCUGCGCAGACCGGCUCACUGCCAAUGGUCAGACUUCUUCUUAGGCAUGGAGCUCAGUGGUCGUACAUGACGCCUCAAGGCACAAAUGCGUUUAUUUGGUCAUUGAGCGGCGGAAGUGUCGUAUGCGCGAGCUUCUUUCUCGGAUGUGGCCAGAAUUUGCAUCACAAGGCCGAGGGAGAUUACACUGCGCUGCACUAUGCGGCGAGGACAGGCAAAAUGGAAUGUGUCAAGUUGCUCCUAGAGCUGGGUAUAGAUAAGCAGGUCAUGCCGACGAAGAUGAGGGUACCUUUCAAGGUCAAGGGAACGGCAGCUGAAGUGGCGAGGGCGCAUGGGGCCGUUGAAGUGGCCGAGUUCAUUGAAAGUUAUAGGGGCGAAUAG